GGCGCUGGCUGGCUCCCGCUGGGCCGCCACCCCUUCGCUGCAGCCGUCGGUGGAAGAUGUCUCAGGAGAGGCCUAAGUUCUACCGUCAGGAGCUGAACAAGACCAUCUGGGAGGUGCCCGAGCGCUACCAGAACCUGUCCCCAGUGGGCUCAGGCGCCUAUGGAUCCGUGUGUGCUGCUUUUGACAAAAAAACAGGAUUACGUGUAGCAGUGAAGAAGUUAUCCAGACCAUUUCAGUCCAUCAUCCAUGCAAAAAGGACUUACAGGGAAUUGCGAUUACUUAAGCAUAUGAAACAUGAAAAUGUGAUUGGCCUGUUAGAUGUUUUCACGCCAGCAAAGUCUCUGGAGGAAUUCAAUGAUGUGUAUCUGGUGACACAUCUCAUGGGGGCGGAUCUGAACAAUAUUGUGAAAUGUCAAAAGCUCACUGAUGACCAUGUACAGUUCCUUAUCUACCAGAUUCUCCGGGGCCUAAAGUAUAUUCAUUCAGCUGACAUUAUACACAGAGACCUGAAACCUAGUAACUUAGCUGUGAAUGAAGACUGUGAGCUUAAGAUCCUAGAUUUUGGACUGGCCCGGCACACAGAUGAUGAAAUGACAGGCUAUGUGGCUACCAGGUGGUACAGGGCUCCUGAAAUCAUGCUGAAUUGGAUGCAUUACAACCAAACAGUUGAUAUUUGGUCAGUGGGAUGCAUAAUGGCAGAGCUGUUGACUGGAAGGACACUGUUUCCUGGUACAGACCAUAUUGAUCAGUUGAAGCUCAUUUUAAGACUCGUUGGAACCCCAGGGGCUGAGCUUUUGAAGAAAAUCUCUUCAGAGUCUGCAAGAAAUUAUAUUCAGUCUUUGACCCAGAUGCCGAAGAUGAACUUUGCAAAUGUGUUUAUUGGUGCCAAUCCAUUGGCUGUUGAUCUGCUGGAGAAGAUGCUUGUGUUGGAUUCGGAUAAGAGAAUUACAGCAGCCCAAGCCCUUGCCCAUGGCUACUUUGCCCAGUACCAUGAUCCUGAUGAUGAACCAGUUGCAGACCCCUAUGACCAGUCCUUUGAAAGCAGGGAUCUCCUGAUAGAUGAAUGGAAAAGCCUGACCUAUGAUGAAGUUAUUAGCUUUGUGCCACCACCACUUGACCAAGAAGAGAUGGAGUCCUGAAAACCUGGUUUCUGUUCUGUUGAUCGCACGUCACUGUGAGGGAAAGGCCUUUUCAUGGGAACUCUCCAAAAUAAUCAUUCAAGUGCCUCUUGUUGCAAAGAUUCUUCAUGGUGGAAGGGCGUGUGCGUGUGUGUGUGUGUGUGUGUGUGCACAUCUGUGUGUUUGCCUGUAUAUACAUGUGGUGAGCUGAGAGUGAGAGAAGAGUGAGGGAGCUAUUUAUACGGUGACUUUUCCAUAAACAUGCUCACUGAAGCUCUUUGAUAGCCUCUGCUUUAGUCCCUCUGGGGGAAGGUCAAUCCAGGCAUCUCAGUUGCCAUGUUGCUGGGGUGCAGUAGAUGUGAAGCCAAAAAAACCCACAAACAUCCCAGAUCCCAGGCUCACUUGUUGUCACCACCAUUAUCUGGGCUCUUCUGUGACGCAACUGGAAAGACAGUGGUGAUGAUUUCUUGCUUGCCCAUAACAUCCCUCUCCUGGCUCCGUAGAGACAAAGGGGUCAGGGUUGUUUGAUUGACAAGUGAGCCUUUUGGCUGCCUGAAAACCUGAAGCCUUUGUCAGCAAUGUGUACAGCUGGAAGGACCAACUCGUGUCUCCACUAACAUGCGGUAUAAUAGCCUGGUGUGGUCCUCACACUGUGACAGGUCUAUGUGAAAUUGUAAAUAUGUUUGUGCCUUAUAUAGAAAGAGAGAAGAACAUUUGGAGAGUCGAGGGAACCCAGCAGACUGGUUUCUGAGCCACUCACAUGGAGGGGGCUUCAGGGUGUGUGUGAACCCAUUUUAACAGAUGAGCCUUCAGAGGCAGCUUCAUGUAUGUAUGCAUGCGUGCGUGCCUCUGUGUGUGUGUGCGUGUGUGUGCGUGUGCGUGUCUCUUUCUCCCUGUAUUCAGUGUUGCCGUUUCUCUCUGCUCCUCCUCACCUUUGGCUCAGGGGUCUCCCAGAUACUGGCCCCAGGAACCGAAUGCAGGUUCUAGUCUGUGUGCAUCCUGUGUGCUCUUUCUUCCUAGCCAGGUGCGGGGUGUUGUGCAUGUCUUGCUUUGUGUGCAUGCAGAGCUGCUUGUCGAGUCCCUGGGACAGUGGGGAGAGGCCCUGGUGCAGAGCAGGCUGGGCAGUGAAGAACUGAGCAAUCCAAUUCAGACCUCCUUUCACCUCAGUUGACGCGAGAGGAAAAGUCUCACCAGCCUCCCUCCUGAGUCUGCCAGCACUAUUCAACAUGAGUAUACUGGAUAUUAUCCUAGGUGCUUUAGAUGUGAAAACAAUGAUGAAAUGGGACUGACUGGUGUAUCUCUUUUUUCCUUGUCAUCAUGGUUUUCAAAGAGACUCUUUUGCUGGGCUUUGGUGGGCAAGGUCAGGACUUUUCCCAGGAUCAUUCCAGAUUUUGGAAAAUUAGAAUUUCUAUUCACACUUACCCACCAAUUCUUAGAAAUACUGAAGAUCAAAACCAAGAAUAAAAGUGCAUGAGGCCAGAAACCCUUUUUUUCUGUCUCUUUCUAAAUACAGAGAAAUUUAUCGAGGUGUCUUUCUUUCUCUUGAGAAGGAUCUAUUGACAGCUGGGCAUUAUCCUUCUCUCGCCUAGAGAAAUAGGGGAAAGGGCUCUGGGUUUGGGAGAAACAAAUUUCGUUUCAGUGUUUGUCUUGCAGGGAUCCUUUGGGAAUGUGAUUCCUGUUUUUAGUGGGGAAGAAGGGCAGAUUAUUUUAAUAUGUUGCAUAUUCAACCUUCUUCUUCUGAAAUCCUCUCAUUACUGGUAUGACGAGUUGUUUUCAAAGUUUUGGAGAUUUUACGCGUCUUGUGUUACUUAUGGACCCACACAUUCAAGGCUUUUCUGAAGUGAAAAAGAGCAAAGCACAUGCAGAGAAUGAGAAUCAGAUGGGUUGGACUAGGUUGUUUGAGUUCAUCUGUCUCAGUAGGGUGGAAGGCAGCCCAGAGGCCGGUGAGAGAAUCGGUCACCUCUGAGUGACUGAGGGCUGGAGGGAGAGAGAAAGACACCUCGACUAGGCUUCCCAUACACCUCCUAGAGGAAGUUGACUAAAGAUGCCCUCCCUGCUCUCUUGGAUAUGCAGGUCAGCUCCUCACAGAGAAAUGUAAAUAUCUCCUCUGUUACCCACAGCAAGAUGGAUUUUAUUAGCCAUAUUUGGUGCAAAUGCUAGUGUAAUUUCCUACAGAAAUAUUGCUCAGAUUUUUUUUUUUUAAAUUAAAGUUUCUGCAUGUGUGCCCACAUGUGUUGAGAGACUGCAUGUCCCAGAAGCCUGGACUUUAACUGGACCUUUCUGGAGAGCUCCUUGGUUUCUGAGCAUCAUUGCUCCCAUCUCCCAAGUCCUCUGAAGAGAAUACCAUGGGGUGACAAAACAAGGGGGAGACUACUCUUUUAUUUGUAUCCAUGAACUUUUGCUGUAAGCAGUUCCACCGUAUAGGAUGUCACACAAUACCACUGGUUAAAAUAAAGCCUAUUUUUCAAGUUUAA